CCCAUCUUGGACACUGUUGACCCUAGUACCCUAUCUAGGCCUACCAAGAACAAAAGAUAUGGACUUCUCAAGUUUUGUUCUUGGCUGAUGAUCAAGUCUUGGGGCUUGUCAAUCCCGAACGUUUUAUGUCCGGUCAGCUGAUAUAUCUACCAACGAGACCAGAUCAAGAAUUCUGCAAAAACGAACAGGAGUGCAUGAUGCUAUCCUAAUAAUUACCAGCCGAAGAUUGAAGUCUACCAUCAUCAGGACUCCCCUUCAAAAUCCAAACCUGCAACAACAAGAUUCUGGCUUUAGGGAAUGAUGCUCACCACUCUCUUGUGCUUGCUGGCCUCGGUACUUCGAUCAUCGUGCUUGGAACUCCUCACAACAGAGACUCGCUGGUCCCAAAGAUGGGUUGGCCACAACACUGAAACGUCGAUACCAUCAGAUCCUUUCGGCUCCGUGGUUGGGCCACUCAUGACCCAUGACUUCCCUGACCCUGGUGUAAUUUACGUGGACGGGGUCAUGUACGGCUUCGCAACCACCAAUAAGGAACCGGACCCGCGAGCCUUGAUUCGGGUGCAGAUGGCUAAAUCGACUGACAACGAGACCUGGACGUUCCUAGACCACGUCGACGCCUUGCCACGGAUUGGGUCCUGGCAAACCGGCAAACAUGUAUGGGCUCCUGAUGUAAUCCGCCUCCCCAACAAGACCUUUGUACUGUAUUACACAGACGAACUCCGCUCCAGUCUAGGGCACCACUGCAUCGGGGCAGCCACCUCAGAAUCAGUGCUAGGCCCGUACAAGCCUCUAGAUGAGCCCAUCGCGUGUCCCGACCCCAGGACGACGGGCGGGGCCAUCGAUCCAGACGGGUUUCUCGACCCCAGUACCAACAAACGAUAUAUUGUGUACAAGAUCGACGGCAACUCGCUCGGACGUGGGGGAGCAUGCAACAAUAUGCCUCCAACGCGGCAGACGCCGAUCAUGUUGCAAGAAGUAUCGGCCGAGGAUGGAGUGACACUGAUUGAUGCGCCGACCCUAAUUCUCGAUAGGGACGAGCUAGAUGGCCCACUGAUCGAAGCACCCGUUCUGGCCGUCUCUAUUCAAGACAAGCAGCGGGUGUAUUUCCUCCUGUACUCGGCUAACUGCUUCACCACGCCAUUGUACAACGUCGCAUAUGCAACGGCGACCGACAUACGUGGGCCGUACGUCAAGAUGGGUCGACCCAUGCUGGUAACAGGCGAUGCGGGCCUCAUCGGGCCCGGCGGGCUGGAUUUGCUGGCGGAUUCCCACAUGAUUGUCUUUCAUGGCCAUCUUCCCAGCAGCAGGGGCAACAGCGAAAGCGGCGUCGCCGGUGCUGUCGCUGGUCAUGGCCACAGUGACAGUGAUGACCACGAUCAGCAAAUGCUCCACGUAAUGCCUCGACAGCACACGGCCCGAGUUCCUGGUGGGAUGCCCGUGCGAGCCAUGUGGCGUGCAAAUCUCAGCUUUCGAGGGAGGGAGAUCAGCCUUGCUGCCUGAUUGACCAGAGUUAACGCUUCACAUACGCUCCACAAAGACCCAUGAGUUUCGGCCAUGUGAUCUAUGUGCAUUGGAUUAAUGAUUUACGAUCGACGUGUAUCUCGGGCCUUGGGCCGUGGUGGUGCCCCUGGUAGGCGAGUAGAUACAUGCAUGACUAAUGGUUACAUAUCUUGAGAAUAUAAUGCUACAGAUCUGCC